AUAAUCUAUGGAAUUUGUGUCAAACAGGGUUAUCAACAUUAUCAAGCUAAAUAUCUUUAAGUAUGUUUGUUUAUCAACAACACGAUGUGUCAACACAAGUUGUUGGUAUAAACCAACGAGCAGUAUAAACUGUUGAAGUUACAGCCUUCUGCUUUAUAUAUUGUGUAAUUUUGCUCGUUAGACUGAUGGAGCCAUGGCUAAGUGUACAGAUGUUAUCAAGCGUUACAGGAAUGUCCCCGAGCGGGUCAUCAGCGACACCUGGCAGCACGUCCUGCGCAGCGGGGUGAAAGGGGAGUACCUGCGCGACCUGCUCAUGUCCCACUUGCACGGUCCCCGGUUCCCGCCCGCCGACCCCGGUGCCUGCGCCGCGCUGUUGGCCGCCCUCUCCGCCAAAGGUCGCACCAAGAAGAUGAAGAACGUGAUAGCGCAGAUAUUCGAGGAGCUCGGCCCGUACCUGGAGACGAGCCUGGUAGACGCCGCCGGCCUGUCUGAGGACUCGGUGGCUCUCGUCCACAUGCUGGAUGCCCUGCUUGUGGGCGGGCUGGUGCCAUUGCUGGAGCCGUCCGCCAUCGACAAACUGAUCAUGGUGCUGGAGGACAAGCAGCGUGGCGCGGAGGAGCGAGGCAAGGUGCUGGCGUUCCUCGGCCGUGCUGCUUCGCGCUACCUGAGCAUCGUGCUGCCGCGCCAUGCCGAGAGCGUGACCCGCCUGCUGGCUGGCUGGCUGCAGGCGCCCGCGGCCGGCCUGGGAGGCAGGUCCGGGGAGCAUCUGUUCACCGUGCUGUCGCCGGUGAACUCUCCGACCGCCGCCCACCUGAUGAGCGUCCACGCGUUCUCGAGCGUGCGGGAGUGGCUGGCGCAGCUGACCCUCCCCGGGCAGCGGGUUCCUUCAGAGGUGUCCCUGCUCCUCGACGCGAUCUGCGCGUACUGCGACACGGCCGUGGAGCAGUGCCUGGGGCAGGCCCCGGAGGAUGACGCGUCGUUGCAGAAAGCAGUGCUUUGCGAGAUACUGGAUGUGAUGCACCACGUGGCAACACUGGACCCCAGUCGGGUGUCCGGAGGGCUCGCGUUGGCUCAGAAGGUACACACUGUGGUUGGUUCACGGUUUCGAAGCGAUUACCAAGACGUGUCUGUCUUGACGCUCUCCUUGCAGUUUCUCCUGCGCUUCGGCAGGACCUCCGAGCACGGGCUGCAGCAGGCGUGCGAGCGGUUCCUCGGCGACACGGUGUACCGCAGCUACUCGUCGGGCCUCGCGGCUUGGGACGUGGCCCGGCUCCUGUGCCAGGAGGCGCCGCGCCUGUCGCGGGCGGGCCUGCUCCAGAGGUUCCACCCCAACCUGCUGAAGCUGGUGGCCUGCCACCCGGCCACCCUCGUCGAGGAGUUCCUGCAGCUGGUGCCCUCCCUGCUGUCCGCGGAGAACACCGUCCAGGUGUGGAGCAGCCUGGUGGAUCUGCCGCUGCUGUCUGCCACGCUGCUGCUCCACCAGGCCCCGGUAGCCCUCCAGCUAGAGCCAGCGCGAGCGGCCAGCGCCGCCUGGGGUGAGCUGCUGGAGAGUGUGCGCUCCUCGGAGCACCAGCCAGCGUACUCCUACAUGCUCCGCCGGGAGAGCAGCCUCGGCGACGCCCCCAGUGUGCGGGCGUACCUGAAGCUGAUGGAGGGCGUGUCGAGCCACGCGCUGGUGGCGGCGAGCAGUCAGGUGGCGCCCCUGCUUCUGGGUGUGUUCCUCGACGCGGUGCAGGAGCGCGCGGAUCUCGGCGCCACGUCGCAGCUGCUGGCCGCCAUCCUGGACCGCCUGGCGCUGCUCUACCGCGCCCCCGGCUACCACGCCGCCGUCAACAAGCUGGUGUCACGGCACGUGCUCGAGUUGGUCCGGCUGUGCCCAGACGUCGUGUUCGUGGCGCAGACCGAGAUAGUGGCGUUCCUGUCUGUGCUCGGCAACGCCGCCUCGUCGUGCGACCUCUACACUCACCUCAUGUGGCUGGCUGGAGAAUACGUUGCACCCGGCCUCAGCGAGCGGUGCAGCCACAAAGCCCUGGAGAGCUACUACGAGUGCGUGGAGUGCUGCCUGUACGAGAGCCUCAGCAAGCUGCCGAGCCAGCCCGUGUCUUGCAGACUGCUCAGCGUCAUGUGCUCAGCGCUGGCCAAGCUGGCGAGCCGCAGCGAGGACCUGAUACCGCGCGUGAUGCUGUGUCUGCGCAAGGUUGCUGCGCAGGUGCCGGCCAGCACGGACCAGGAGGGGAGGGAGGUGGUACUCGCCCGAGUCCAGGAGCUGAUGUCCGUCCUCAGGAACCCCACGAUUGCAUCAUCAGUUCUUUCAUCUCACGCAGAAAUUCCAGGAAUGACAGCAGUAAUAAGGACCAUUACUCAGCUGAACACGUAGUGAAUGAAUAAAUUCAUAAUUAAACUUUGAAACAGGACAUAACACAUUUUCUUAUGUCACUGCAAAGUUUUGUCCAAAAAAAUAACUGAAUAUGUAAAUUGUUGUAAAUAAUGUAAUAAAAACAGUAUUUUUUAUUUGUUCUCAUGAUAAUAAUAAUUAUUAUGUAAUAUAUUACUAACAUUUAAAAUUUUCUUGUUGUUGCUCUUUUAUCAAAUUACCAGUUUUUGAAAUAAAUUUUGGUUGGUUCCUAAAAU